AAGCCGCAGCCACUUCCAAAUGUCAUUGCAGCUGCUUGUUCUGGCUACCUUUUGUAGCUGGGCAUCAGGUUUCCGCCAGAUGGUCCGGCGCAUGGGCAAUCUUUGCACCAGGGUCUCUGGUGCUAGCCGCGCCUUGCUGCGAUGCAAUCUUUACACUGCUUGGAAGGUGUUACUCCGCGGGCAGGCAGAAGAGGUUGAGGCUGUGGAGAAGGGCCCUUUGCUUUUGCUGGAGCGUGCGGCAAGGCUACGGGACAAGGUCUGCAAACCAAAGCCGGCUUUGCAGGAGCACUGGGAUGAAGCGGGUGUGGAAUCGAUCGACCUGGUGAUCAGAGGCAUCAGUGGAGAGAUUCUGCUUGAGGAGUCCGGGGCAAGGUCCCGAACUCCCAUCAAGCAGCUGGUGCAGAAGAUCCGUGCAAUGAUGGAUGACCUGGAAGUAGAGCUUGUGCAGCUCUGCCUGGGAACAACUGUGCUGAAUCACAGUGCCGUGCUGGGUGACUAUGUUGCUCCAUCGUAUGGCCAAAGAGAAAUGGAGCUCACAUUUCUCAAGCUUCAUGGUCCAGCAGUCACUGUUGAGGCCAAGAGCGGCCGUGAGAUCAAGCUCCUGGAUUCAGUGCCAAAGCCGGGGGAACGCUGCCACUUUGAUCGGAGCUACAAGUUCCUAUCCUUGGGUGGUUUUGAACAGAAGACCUCAAUGCGAUACGUCAUGACCAGCAACGAUGACAAGGCUACAUCCGCUGAGCAAGUUAUGUGGCGCCUCAAUGUGCGGAUGCCAGUGGUUGUAUAUUUGAACUUUCGCAGCUCUUUCCAUGUGCGCUACGCUCAAAGUUGGCUAGAUGAAGGCCGCUGGGAGCGGUCGAUCUUGGAAAGCACUGUAAGCUCUGGCAUCCCCAAUGGACCAUAUACUGGUCCUGUCUUUUACAAGGCGGUGGAUAGUGGCAUUCUGGAUUUAUAUGGCAGUGAAUGUGGCGAAGGGACAUACUUCGUAUUUGUUGACGUGCAACCAAGUAGCUAGCAUCCAAAGAUCCUAGAGGAGGAGGACUCGUCCUGAUCUCCGUCCCAUCUUCCUGUAAGGCAACAAAGUGGCCUUCCAGUAGCAUAGAUGCCUAACCUGUGCUGUGCUUUUGGCUAUCGUGGAGAAGACUUAUUGAACAUUCCAGAUUGAGCUGUUGUUGUGAUGGUGAUCUGGCACACAUCAUGUCAGAAUACUUGGCCUGUACAUAGCUAAUGGCCCUGCUCUCCUCAGCAUGGACCAGUCGGCCCAUUGCGUUUUAGAGACUGUGGGUCAUGUUUGAUCAGAA